AUGCAGCCAUUUCCAGAUGGUGCAGCAGCUUUGGCUAGGCUGCCAUUAACCGGGGCGGACAAUUCCCAGUGCAUAAGUCCCUCUGACGUCGCAAAAGAAGUAAAUUCUGAGAGUUUCAGAGCACCUGUUGCUUUGGGCGGUGGUACGCCUUCUGAAACACUGAGCGACGUGAGGGUAUCCCGAGGUGUUAAUCAAGAAUCUUGCCCCGAGACUGUUCAGAAUCCGGGCAAGUCCCGCAAACGACCGAGGCCCGUGCCAGAAUCUGCUUUGAGCCUGACAUUUGACGAGCACAUUAUAUACGCGCUUCUGUCACAAUGUGAGUUCGCGAAAAAAAGACGGUUGAACCAUGAAGAAAUCCUGCAGGUCCUGGACGCGCAAAGGCACCUCGUCGUCAGAAGUCCGCGUCAAAUCCUUGAGCCUAUUUGGGCCUGCUGGGAAGAAAAUGUGGCCCACGGUUUGCUUCCUGUUGGUAUCCCCACUUUAUGGUUUGGUGUAGAGGCCGCGGCGAGGUGUAUCGGCGACCUCGAAGCCGACCCUAUUUCGGACUCUUUUGCUGACAGAUUCGGCUUGCGUCCCAAAAGAGGCCGAAAAACAAGCCAUUUGAUUGACUUGAUCACCCAGCAUCUGGAAGACGGUCCCUUUGAGAGAUGCAGUACAGACACUUGGCGCAAAGCAGUUCACAAGUACCGACAAAAGGGGUUCCGUCUGUGGCAGCUCGCAAGUGUACUUGGUUUCGGUUUUCUCCUAGCCACCGACGCUGCUGUAAUUGAGAAAUUAACGAUUCACACCUUUACCAACAGCCAAGUGGAUGCCCUUGUUACCUGUGCUUAUUACACCCGCCCUGCAACACUGGAAUAUUUCCAUUCCUUGGAGUCGGCGUUCAGAAAUUUGGUUUUCGGGGAAAGGACGCUCGAUACUGCGGGAAUAAAUGCUCAGGAUUCGCUGACUCAGCUACGGUGUAGCUCGCGGCUCAACCUGACACGGUCGCAACUGGCCGAAAUGCGAGAAAAAGAUGAGGCGCAAUACAACAACCAAUAUUCUGGCUGUCCUUGGAUAGUGCUCGACUCCAAGAGACAAAUUUUGCCAAAGGCAAAAGAGCUUCUUGAAAAGCAUUACGAAGUGUGGACAGAUUUCGCUUACCACAAUUGACCUGGUCCCAUGGAAAGACUUGACAGGUACGGUACACGUACGCACUGUCGGGACUCUCGUUCACUUGAGAAAACGUCUGUCAUCCUGCAUCUCUCUCCCGUCCGAGAUCCGCAAAAGGCUAUCUCGCUGGGCAUACGAC